ACAGCCAUGCUACUAAUCGUGUUCCUCUAUAUUAUAGGUAUUGAGGGACAGAGAAACAGUUUUUUCAAUGAAAGGGAUUUAGACUAUUCCCCUGUUCCCAGACCACGAGGUGGCCCAGUGAGACCGAACCCUAAUCCUAAUUAUGAAGCAAGAGACGAUUAUGAUUAUUCCCCUGUUCCUAGACAACGAGGUAACCCAAUCAAACCGAAACAUGUACCAAAAAAUUCACCACAUGAUGACUAUGAUUACUACGACCUUGGCCCGCCUGAAGAUCACCCUCCGACUGCUUACGAGCAAAUGCUCCGAAUCAAAAAUAUGGAAGACAAUGAACGCGGUUUUGGGAUGGGUAUGUAUUGGCCUGAAGAUGAAAAGAUGCCGCAUGAAGCAAUGAUUCAGUUGGCUAUACAUAAUUUAAGAGUAAGUACUAAUCUUUGCAAUAAAGCGUAA